AUGAGCUUGCGAUCCCGACACUACGGCACCUUCCCAGACCAGGGACACGUCUCCAAUGCCGAGGGCCAUCAUAGUAGCGCCAGCUCCAGCACAUCGACGACAACCAUGGCGAUUGAUCACGAGGCCUCACGAGACGCGAAGGCCGCGUCUAGCAACGUGGCGCUCGCCGAAGCCAUCCAGCACGAGCAUGCCCUGACCUUCUGGGAGGCGCUGAAGCUGUACCCGACGGCCGUGGGCUGGUCGGCGUUCGUGUCCAUCGGCGUCAUCAUGCUCGCCUUCGACCCCCAGAUCAUCGGCAACAUGUUUGCCAUGCCGCAGUUCAAGAAGGACUUUGGGAUUGGGCACGAUGAUGGAGAGUUCGUCAUCCCGGCCGCCUGGCAGUCGGGACUUUCGUUGGGUAACCCCAUUGGCCAGGUUGUCGGUGCGCUAUUCUCGGCCUUUCCGAUGGAGCUCUUCGGUCGCAAGUGGACGUUCUUCGGCUGCGUCGCUCUGACGGCAUGUCUUGUCUUCAUCCAAUUCUUCGCGCGGUCCCUUGAGGCUUUGCUCGUGGGGGAGUUGCUCGGCGGCCUGGUCCUCGGCUGCUACGUCGUCAUCGGACCGACCUACGCCUCGGAGGUCUGUCCCAUGGCCCUCCGCGGCUAUCUCACAAGCUACACCAACCUGUGCUUCGUCACGGGACAGCUGCUAGGCAACGGAGUCACGGCCGGGACCCAGACCCUCGAUACCCAUUGGGCGUACAGCAUCCCCUUCGCCAUACAGUGGUUCUGGGUCCUCGUCAUCCUGCCCGGCAUGUUCUUCAUUCCCGAGAGUCCUUGGUGGCUCGUGCGCAAGGGCAGGGUGGAAGAAGCUAGGGACGCGCUGCGGCGGUUGUCGUCCAAGAAGGUCAAUGUCGAGGCGACGCUGGCUGUCAUCACGGAAACGGACAGGCUUGAGUUGGAGAUGGAAGCUGGUAGUACUUACUUCGAUACCGUAAAAGGCGUGAACCUCAGGCGAACUGAGAUUUCUACGGGAGUUUAUACUACCCAGGUUCUCUCGGGUAUUUACCUGAUCAACUACGGAACCUACUUCUUCCAGUUGGCUGGACUGGCUGACCAGGAUGCUUUCUACAUGGGCAUCGGCUUCCUUGCCGUCGGAUGGGUCUCCACCGUGUGCUCGUGGUGGUUCAUCUCGCGAUUUGGUAGACGUCGGAUAUUCAACAUCGGCCUGUCGGUCCUGGUCGUUUUGAUGUUCAUCAUCGGCAUCCUGGACAGCAUCCCGGGUCGACCGUCAGGAGUCGCGUGGGCCGAGUGUUCGCUGAUGCUGAUCUGGAACGGAGCCUACGACCUGUCCGUGGGGCCUGUCACGUUCGUCAUUCUGGGAGAGUGCUCCGCGACCCGCGUGCGUUCGAAAACUAUCGCCGUGGCGACGGCGGCACAGGCGGUGGUGGGCAUCGCCAUGACGGUGGCGAUCCCCUAUAUGAUCAACCCGGACGAAGCCAACAUGCAGGGAAAGCUGGGUUACUUCUUCGGGGGGCUGGGCUUGGUCUGCCUUGUGUGGGCGUUCUUCAGGAUUCCUGAGACAAAGGGAAGGACCUACGAGGAGCUCGAUCUGCUGUUCGAUAAGCAGGUUCCGGCGAGGGACUUCAAGGGCCACCGGGUUAAUGGUGCUAUCUCGGCUGUGAACUGA